GAAUGAGAUUGGGGAGUCCUUUCCUUUCGCCGCCUCGGCCGCAGCCAUGAGCAUGCUCAGGCUUCAGAAGAGGCUCGCCUCCAGCGUCCUCCGCUGUGGCAAGAAGAAGGUCUGGUUGGACCCCAAUGAGACCAACGAAAUCGCCAAUGCCAACUCCUGUCAGCAGAUCCGGAAGCUGAUCAAAGAUGGGCUGAUCAUCCGCAAACCUGUGACGGUCCAUUCCCGGGCUCGGUGCCAGAAAAACACCUUGGCCCGCCGGAAGGGCAGGCACAUGGGCAUAGGUAAGCGAAAGGGUACAGCCAACGCCCGGAUGCCGGAGAAGGUGAAGUGGAUGAGGAGGAUGCGGAUUUUGCGCCGGCUGCUCAGGAGAUACCGUGAAUCUAAGAAGAUUGACCGCCACAUGUACCACAGCCUGUACCUGAAGGUGAAGGGGAACGUGUUCAAGAACAAGCGCAUCCUCAUGGAGCACAUCCACAAGCUGAAGGCCGACAAGGCCCGCAAGAAGCUGCUGGCUGACCAGGCUGAGGCCCGCAGGUCGAAGACCAAGGAGGCCCGCAAGCGCCGAGAGGAGCGCCUUCAGGCCAAGAAGGAGGAGAUCAUCAAGACUCUGUCCAAGGAGGAGGAGACCAAGAAAUGAAGAGAAACGACGCCCCCUUCUGUCUGUACAUAGCAGCCUUGGGGAAGCCGUGGGUCGGUCAUCAAAAUAAAACACGUCUUUAUCCGAAAAAAAAAAAAAA